CCGGACCGGUUUUGCUGCCGGACCAGGGGUCGGCGAUGGCGCUGCUGCUGCGGCUGCCUAUGGGUGCCCCGCCGCGCUGUUGCGCCCGCUGCGCCUGGCCGCUCCGGAUCCCCCUCGGGCAGCCCUCCCGCCGCGGCCUCCUGCUGCUGGCGGCGGCGGCGGCAGCGCUCCCUGCCAAGCCCGGCUGGCUCGGGCUGCCCUCCGCGCCCCACCCUGCCGCCCCCUGGCCGCCGCCGCCGCCCUCCUCCUGCUCCUCCUCGGCCCGCUGGUACAGCAGCAGCCGCGAUCCCGAGCCGGGCGGGCGCCGCCGGAAGAGCGUGGUGGUGGUGGGGGUGCCCAACCCCCUGCUGUGGCUCCGCACCCGCCUCUACUUCUUCCUCAUCCGCGCCUACUUCGACCAGGAUUUCAGCCUCCGCGAGUUCACGCAGGGCGCCCAGCAGGCAUUUGCUCUGGUUUCAAGGCUAAUUUCUGAGUGUAAAUAUGAUUUACUGGAAGAGCUUGUAUCAAAAGAGAUGCUUCAGGGUCUGAGGGAGAAGCUGUCUUUGCUGUCUGAAAACCACAGAAAUGCCCUCGCCGCUGACAUGGAUGAAAUCAUGUACACCACAGCAGGAGACGUUGGCAUUUAUUACGACGACAGUGGAAGGAAGUUUGUCAGCAUCCUGAUGCGUUUCUGGUACCUGACCAGCACCUCCCUACCCGAUGAGGCCCCCGAUGGAACCAAAGUAUUCCAGGUGGUGUUUGGCGACGAGAUGACAAAGGAAACGAAACGUCUUUUAACAGCAAAUUAUGAGUUUCGACGAGAAUUUACACAAGGUGUGAAACCAGACUGGAUAAUUACACGGAUUGAACAUCCGAAGCUCUUGGAAUAAAUUGACUUGAGCAGAGACUUUCAGAGACACUUGUCAAUAUCCUAACAUAUCAAGGAACAUCUCAAGACUGGAGUCUCCCAGUCUCUUUUGUGAAUUGAUUUUUUUUUGUACUUAAUUUUACAGACACCAUAUAUUGCUCUGAAGCUUAAAAAUAAAAGAUCACCCACCAGA